UGCUCAUCAGCGCUGCUCAGCUCUCAGCUUCACCCCCGCGGAAUAUCAUUGAUCCCCCUAGGAAAUUUCGGGGAGCUCCAGGGAGUUACGUACUGUACCUGAAGGGCGCUACUGUAUUUGCACUGAGAGCUGCGAUAUCGUACGACGACGUUGGCCAAUACUCGGGUUGGAGAAGACCAAUAUUUCCAAUGGAGCCAACUAUGCGGUCGGCAGCUUCCUACGUGUGCCGGAGGUGCUCACAGGCCCCGAGGGCAAGACUUCCGACUACCUCGAGAGCUUUCUCCCGAGUCGCAUUACGGCCCCAGCCGUCUAAUCCCAGACGUCCCGGAUCUCAAGCCGACGAGAAUGCUCGACCCUUUUCUCUCUUCGGCCGGAAGACGAAGCCUGUGCCUACGGAAGAGGCCGACGUUUCCUUCGGCUCAUCUGCGCCUGUGCCUGUGCCUGGACCAGGACCGUCAGCAGCAAACGAGCAGAAGAAGCCGCUGGUCCUCCGCCCAGACGACCUCUUCCACUCAUACACCAAUUCUCCUAUCCCAGAGAUACGGCACCGAGCGGCUUUCAUGAGGCAGCAUGCUUUAUGUCCUCACCCCGACCAUCGGCCCACGCGCAUUCCCACGACCUCGGAUGAUGUAGACAAAGCCGCAACUUCGGGAAAUCAGCCACCGGCUCAUGUGCACUUUGAGUGCCCAGAUUGUGGAGUACCUGUUUAUUGCAGUGAGCAGCAUUGGGCAGAGGACUACGAGGCGCACUUGCAAACCUGUGAUACUCUACGCCAGAUCAAUGAGGACGACCACGAUCUCAGGUCCGGGAGGUUCUUCCCCGAAUUCGAGUAUGCCGGACCCCAGAUGGAGGAGGCAGUGGUAAACAUGACCAACUGGGACACCUUCUUGUACACCAGACAGUUUGAAGCAAUCAACAACGAUCGUAACAUGAGGCAAGUCACCAGAUUGUUGACAUAUCCUCUGACCAUUGGAAGCAUCCUUCACGAGUUGAGUCCGUACAACAUCAGAAAGGGCGGCCGCCUGACCGCCGAGGGUCUGAAGAGUUUCAGUGCGUUACGGUAUACCCUGCAUCCUCCCAAAACUGGAGGUGGUGACGGUAUCCGCGGCCUGCGACCAGAGGCCCCUCCGGUCCGGAUAUUCAUCCUGGGAGCUCGAGCCGAGUCCUCCUUGCCUAGAAACGUGUGGGUGCAGCUUGCUCACCUGUUCCCUCGAGGCAAGUUUCAUCUCGUCUUCAUUGGACCGGAAAGCAUGGCCAACCGCGACGACGAAUUCCCACUGCCACCACGGACUGCAUCAAAUCCAUUCGGUGCUGUUGUUGAAGAUCGAGUUUGGUCUUCGAUGAAGAUCAGCACGAUUGUGGAUUACUACCAUACCAUCCACAAGACUGGUUACUUCCAGCCUCAUGACCCUUACUUUGACUGCUUCGUCUGCUUUCAUCCCGGUAUGGGCCACCCUGCAAGCUCCCACGAGUGGGCGGAGACUAUACCACUAUUGCUCGAGACCAAAGCACCCAUCAUUGCUACCGGCUACACCCAGUUUGAUAUGGAGCGGGAUAUCGAAUGGGUUAACAAGACUUGUGGAGGCGAGUUUGACAUACUCAUGGAGCCGGGUGAGAACACUUUCAGGAGCUUGCGUUGGGACUUGAAUGAUCUGGAUCCUCAGGAUGUCACAUGUGGCAACUGGGGUGUCUGGGCAUUCCGUGGAAAGAGAUACGAAGCUACCCACAAGGACGUCGAAUAGAACCUUAUUGGUAUAGAGGAAUAUGCUCCUUGUAGAUGUGCCGGAUUUGCGUUGACAUAUUUCCGAUCCAAGCGUCUUGUUGAAGGGCGAUGUACAGAUAGAUGACAGGGACAUAGAGUCUGAUCAUGUAUAACACUUUGUACAUGCAAUGCAUUGUAAAUGUAUCCCCAGUUGUAUAUAGUGCGUACCCAGAUCUUACCCAUAUCUGUCAGCCCUGUCAUUUGAUGGUCCCUCCAGUUUUGAGCAUUCCGAGAGUCCUGGUGAGAGAAGCAUCACAAUCUGGCGUGAAAAGGCAGCUUCACCACUCGCAGCC